AGGAUGCAAGCAACGGCGACGGCAGAGGGGCCGAGUGAUCGCAUCAACCAGAAACCGUCCGAACUGUCGCCCGGAGCGUCAAGUCAGCUCGUGCCAUGUCAUGAAAACGAAUACGUCCGUCGGGUUCUGGGGAUAUUUCUAUAUAAAUGGGGCCCUCGGUCGGUCGUCUUGUCGUUAUCUCUUAGCUCGCUCGGCACAUCAGCCUUCCUCACUCUCGACCCUCGAUACCGAUAUCUCCAGCAUUCCAUCUCAGCCCGUAUCUUCUUUCAUCCCACUUACUUUGCCUGCUUCAUUGCCACUGCUUUAAAUUGGCCUAAACCGUAAACAGCACCUCUUUAUCCAUUCAUCUAUCAAUUCAUUCUUUCGAAAUCCUCAAGCUCAGCUUAGUCUACCACAUUGCCAUCGUCAUGGGUUCCCAAAGCCUCAAUGCGCCAAUCCGGCUUGCAAUCCUUGAGGCCGAUACUCCAGUUCCGGGCAUCAAAGCCAAAUACCAGUCGUAUGGCGGUGUAUUCACCUACUUGUUCAAGCGGGCUUGCGCAUCACUCCCCAAUCCGGUCCCCUUAGAGUCCCGCUUGACUCUCUCUGCUCAUGACAUUGUCAAUGAUCUUACGGCCUAUCCAGACCCUGAAUCCAUCGACGCUAUACUGAUCACCGGUGCUAAGUACAACGCGUUCGAUAGCGACGAGUGGAUUUCUCGCCUUGUCCAAUAUACGAAGCGUUGUCUCGAGGGUGGCCGCAUCCGUGUCAUUGGCAUCUGCUUCGGCCAUCAGAUUAUCGGUCGUGCCCUCGGCGCCGAAUUGGGCAGGAAUACACGAGGUUGGGAGGUCAGCGUUGUCGAGCACGAGCUCACAGACGAAGGAAAGAAGGUCUUUGGCCUGGAAAAGAUGUCGAUCCACCAGAUGCACCGUGAUGCCGUGCUCUCGUUCCCACCGGGCGUUAUCCAGUUGGCACACACAGAAGUCUGCGCCAAUCAAGCCAUGUAUAUACCAGGCAGGAUGAUUUCGGUACAAGGCCAUCCUGAAUUCACAGAGGAGAUGGUGCGUGAAAUCCUGGAAAUGCGCAAAUAUGGCGGUAUCGUCACCGACGGUACCUACCAACAUGGCAUAAAUCGCGUCGCCAACAAGCAAGAUGGCGUCGAAGUCGCACAGGCAUUCUUGAGGUUCUUGCACGAAUGAAGCAUCGCAGGUACAAAAAAAGGAAAGAAAUUGAUAAGAACAGAAAACAGGGAAGAAACACGCCAGUAGCGGGUAAGCACAGGUGAGUUUAUAUUCAGCCGUUGGCUUGUGUCCCUGCUGUACGGCUCGGCGACCGAGAACGGC